AUGAUUAAUAAAUCGCAACACGGAUUCCUCCAUGGUCGCUUAUGUGUCACACAACUUCUAGCCACCUUACAUCAUAUUGGACAAUUGCUUGACCGUAACGUUCAGACAGAUGUUCUUUUUCUUGACUUUGCUAAAGUCUUAGAUUCCGUUGAUCAUACUAUUUUAUUGAAGAAACUCAGAUCUUACGGUAUCUCACGAAACUUGUACAAUUGGUUUACUGAUUAUUUGUGUGGUCGUACUCAGUGUUUCGUUGCAGAUGGUGCAACUUCAGAAUGGUCGCAAGUUACCUCCGGUGUCCCUCAGGGUAGUAUCUUAGGUCCUAUGCUGUUCCUUCUUUUUAUCAAUGACCUCCCUGGCAUCAUUCUUCCAUCAACAUCAACCGGUCUGUAUGCUGACGAUACAAAGCUAUACAAAGCUAUAAGAUCACGCCAGGAUUGUGACCUUCUACGGGAAUCGUUGUCGCUCGCUGACGAUUGGAGCAAGCAAUCCAAUAUUGACUUCAAUGCAUCUAAGUGUAAAGUUCUAACAAUAUCCCGCUGAAAAAGCCCGAUUGAAACAAAGUACCACCUUCGUUCAACUGAACUGGUGCGUGUGGAUAGUGAGGUUGACCUUGGAAUUACUGUAACAAGAAAGUUAUCUUGGAAUCAACACAUUAUUCAAAUUGUAUCCAAGGCAAAUAAAAUGCUGGGCUUAUUACGGAGAACGUGCCCCUUGUUAACAGAUCGCGUUGCUCGUAGGACAUUAUACUUAUCCUUAGUGAAAUCCCAACUGGGUUAUGCCACAGAAGUCUGGUCACCGUCUCAGUCCACCAACAAUACCUACCUAGAUCGAGAGGAUUCAAAGGCGUGCCACACGAUGGAUCCUUCAAGUAAAGAUAGGAGAGGUCUCAUACAAAGUUCGUUUGUUGGCCCUUAUUCUUCUGCCGCUAUCUUACGAUAGAGAGGUAAAGGACUUAACAUUCUUCUUUAAAGCUGUGUACGGAUAUUAUGAUUUGAAUAUUUCUGAUUACGUGUCAUUCGUAAGCCACAGCCGUACUCGUAAUUGUUUAAAUCCUGGCCUAAUGCUCGAAGUACCUUUGUGUACCGCAUCGUUCCCCUUUGGAACCGUAUGUGUAGAACUGCUAAACCUUAAGACUUAAGUAGCCUAUCUAUGUUCAGAUCGUUUUUAUCAAGAAAAUAUUUACAUUUACUAAUCUCUUGUUACGACGUAGACAUGGCCUGUACUGUACGUGGUCAUUACAUCGAACUUGCCCAUGUCAUAGAGUUUAAAGUGUGAGAUUAACAUAUGCUAUUGCUUGAUUAUUUUAUAUUCACUUAUAAUUUUAUAUUCAAUUGUUCCUUACAUCAUUUCAAGGUAUUAUUGCUAUCACUAAAUUUUUAAGCAUGAUAAAUCUUAGCUUUGAUUUUCGAGUUGGUGGCAUAUGUUUAUUUAUGACUUUAGUUAUGUAUAGUUUAUUCUACAUGUAUUGUCUGUUGUUGUAUCUUUAAUCGGAGGAGUGCCUCGCAUGGGACCUCGAGUCCCGUUCGCACUCCAAUCGCUUGGUCACUAUCCAAUAAAAUAUUUAAAACAACAUCUUGAUGUCUACUGUUAACAUGGAAAUUGGGAAAUUAUCUACUUGGCUUCAGCCAAAUCGAUUAUCUAUCAAUCUAAAGAAGACAAAUUUUAUUCUAUUUAAGCCAAGGCAGGGGAAAUUAACACGUGACUUUGUUCUGGAAAUUAAUAAGUCACAUGUUGACCGAGUCAGUAAAGUAGUAUUUCUUGAUGUUGUACUUGAUGAAUGCCUGUCUGGGAAACCUCAGUCACAUAUCAUUAAUUUCAAAUAAAAUAUCUAAGUCAGUGGGUAUUAUUUUUAGAGCAAGCUUUUGCUUAUCCAAAGCUGCUUUACGUAUUUCGUACUUUUCUUUGGUAUACCCCUAUAUGCAGUACAGUGUUAUUGUUUGGGGAUCUACAUAUCCAGCGAAUCUUGAUCGUAUUGUCAAACUCCAAAAACGAGUGGUUCGCUGCAUAUAUAGACAACCAUACGCUGCACAUACUGAUCCGUUAUUUAAAGAAUUGAAAAUUCUGAAAUUUGAUGAUAUAUAUUUAUUUAAUGUAGGUAUGUUUAUGUUUUCGUAUAACAAUGACUUACUUCCUGAUACUUUCCGUAAUUUUUUUCAACAAGUUAAUCGAAUUCAGGGGCGGAUCCAGGAUUUUUCGUACGUUAGUCAAAGUUUUCAGAUGUACAAUCUAGUUUUGCGAGCGGUGAAUGCGCGAGGCACCUGGGGGGGGGGGGUCUGUCCCCCAGGGUGUCUGUCCCCAGGAAAUUUUUUAUAUUUAAACCUCAGAAACGCCAUUUGCAGCACUCUGAAAGCAGCUUCAACAAAAAAUUAACCUCAUGAAUUGGGAGAUAAUUAUAGCAAUUAUCAGUCUCACUGACUCUCACAACUCGCUCCUUAGGGAAAUUUAAAAGAGAAGUACUUGCAGAAAUGUGAUAAGUGUGGAAGAUGUUUCAUUUUAUCAAAUUACGGAUUGCUAGUAUUAUGUUUAACUAACUCAUGAUGGUAUUACACUCAUUUAUGUUGCCUAAUAGCCUUGUUGAGUCAUUGAUCACUUGACUAGUAAUCACUACAGUGUCAUAUUACUCAAAUAAACAUAUAUCAAUAUUAAAGUUUGAACAUUCAUCAAUAAAACCUGACCUUUAGAUCCUAUGUAUGCUGCAUUAAUGCAUUUAUAUCGGUUAUCCUCAAUAUUAAUAGCCUCCUGAGUUCUGACGGUCCUUCAACCGCACAAAUAUGCAAAUUUGUUGUGUAAAUCAAAAUUCAUGGCUAAAUCAAGAUACGCGUAUUUACAUAUGCGUGGCGUGCAUCUUGUUCGCUUAUAAAUAUUGUUAUGCUGUCUAAAACGAAAUAAAAUUUACAUAUCACAUUAAAUUUACCUUAUUGCACUUCAGAAUAAAGAUCUCGGCGCCAAUACUUCUGCUCAAACAGUCAAACUGUAGUUCGUGCUACUCAUAGCGCCUAGCAACUGCUCACUGAAUCGAACUCUCCGAUAUUUAGCGUCGAUUUUCCUCCCAAGAUCAGCGCAACAGUCUUGUAAGACAGCUAAAUCAUUCACCGCAAAUGCGGAUUCAACCGUUUCAUGAAUACUACAAGGAUGGGAGCAGCAGACAUUUCUGAAUUUUCCGUAGAUAUAUAUCUUUAAAUUGAAUCUUUCGACAAAGCUCCAACAUGACACUUCGAAUGAGCGCGCGCUCGGAAAGACUUUACCACGCGUGAAAUAUAAUAUUAAUGAUAUUCAGACUAAUGGGGCGCCCCUGACUUUUGUAAAUCGGUCAGAACUCCCCACAGAUCAGUCAAAUUUGAAAAAAAUCGCUUGUUUCCAUGGAAAUAAGCGUCUAGACCAAUCAGAACACUGGAUUUUGACUUUUUGACUGACCGACUUUGCGUAUGUCAGCUGCUCAUUGACUUGACUAAGCUCGUCGGCUCAGCCACUGUAUGAAAUUUGAUCACUGGACUACAGUUCAAUUGGAAUGUUAAUUGCUAGCGCUGCAUGAUAAUAGAUACUGGACUAUUAUAAAGUGCCACUGCAUGAUAAAAAAUAACUGGACUAUUGGUCGAAUAUUUAAUGCUUUAAUCAGACUUUAAUUAAGUUUGUAAUUUUUACGUUAGUCGCGUGACUGGUUUGACGACCCCUAGAUCCGCCCCUGAUCGAAUUCAUCAGUACAACACCCGAAACUCCGGAUUACUCUAUAACCCGUUUUGUAGGACUAAUAUCAGACGAUUUUCUGUGUUUUAUAUCAAGGCUCAAAAUUCUUCAAUAACUUAAAUUCAGAUAUCCGAAGCAAUUUUCAAUCGCAUCUUUCCGAAACAAAUCAAAAAAUAUCUUCUGAGUUUUGUUUAAUCUGUUUGUAAUAAAUACUUUGUACUCUACUUUCUAGCGAACAGGAUUUAAAAUUUUAAUGUUGUAAACUAGAAAUACUUCUUUAUGUUCUGACUACAUGUAUAUUAAUUGAUAAAUAUUCCUAAUUUUAAGGUGCCCUACACAUUAUAAGCGUUCUAAGCUUCUUGAUGGAUUUCCUUACCAAACUCCUAACACAGGUAUCUCGUAUUUAAUACUUUUUCCUCUCUCGUAAUUGUAUUUUUUUGUAUUGUAUUUGUAUGUAUUUUUUGUUUGGUUAAAAUUUAAUAAAUUGAAAAUUGAAGUUUUGAUGCAAUAUUGAACGCUAAAUUUUAUUUAGAAAUGACUAAAAUAGUGCAAAUAUACUAUAUGUAGAGAGCUCAAGAUUGUUCAAUUUUUAAGUUGGGUUACUAUGCGUUGCAAGGAAGAAAAUACAACUGACCAAUCAGAUGCGGUUUUGAUUGAAAGCUGCAUUUCAUGUGAUUUGUUGAAACGUGUACAUUUGCAUCUACCUUAAAUCUGAAUGUUUUUUUUAGGUGCUGAUUAUUAUCUCAUGAAUAUUUUGGUGGAAUGGCAAGUAAAUGAGGAAUGCAGGUAUUUCUAAUGAUGCAGAGCAACCAGUUUGCAUCCAGUCAGGUUUGUAUAUAUCUGACAAGGUAAGUUUAUCAAGGUUUGCACACAUCUCACAACACGUUAAUAAAAACUGCGGUUUUGUAAAUAAUGAUGUACCAUUAUAUUUACUAUAGUUGUUCUUCUUGUAACAUAUUUGCUAACGUGAGUCAAAAAUUUUGACACUUCAUGUCAGCACUUAGCCUACAUUUUGUUUUUUUGCGAGAUUUUGCCGAGUAUGGUCUGUGCGGCAAGGCAGUGACUUGAUGCCUUUCCUGAAAGUUGUUUAUCUGAUAACUUUCAAUUUUCAGACUAUGUCGUUCUAAGGUCAAGAUUAAAUUGCAGCGAUGAAAAACAGUUUGUUUUUUUGCGAGAUUUUGCAAACUAUUUUACAACACAUUGCUGCAAACAAUCUUAAAUACCUCGGAACAUUUUAUCUAGAGGAUAUUUGUGCAAAUUGCUCAAAUAUGUCUACAUUAUUUAUUUUCUAUUUCGUUAUAUAGGUAUUUCAAUUAUAGGUAUCGCUCUAAUAUCUCUGAAUUUUUAGAAAGAUUACUAGUUCUGAUCUUUCCGUUUUUCUUUUUUUCAUUAUUUUUCCAGACAUAGAUGAGUGUAAAAAUCCGUCUCUAUAUUCAUGCCAUAGUGAAUUUGAUUGUGUUAAUACUCUCAGCUCCUAUGAAUGUGUUUGUAACGGAAGGAUAACGAAUGGCAAAUGCGAAGAUGAAGGUAUAGCUUAGAUAUAUUUCUGUAAAAAUACAUAUGCAUGAGUGAUUUCUAACAUAAAAACUACCAACUAUACACAAACAGUAACCACACACAUUGCCUAUUAUUUACAAGCAUAACUUGAAUCGUGCUUUUCGUAUUCAGUCGGGUAAAUAGCACGUACUGUACACACCAGAGUAGUGUAGCAACGAGGGAAAGACUCUUCUACUUUAGGACCAAUGUUGUAAUUUUUUCAAAACUGAGAUGAAAAUUGGAGCGGGCCGGGGCCGUAAGUUUUAAUGCUUUCAUGCAUCUAUGACAUAAAUUAUGCCAAAUCUUUAGUUUUCUGAUUAUUAUGCAUAAAACGUGUUUAAAAUGCAUGAAAUAACGUUUUUUCCACCCUAAAAAUAAAAAAAAAUUCCAAACAAGACGACGUCUUCCGGACUCCACUUGCUUGGGGCUGGCUACGCUUCUUUUGAAAUUUAGAGACACUCUCAGAAACCUAGCUUUGGUUGCAGUUGCAACUAAAUUGUUGGUAGCCUACGAACUUUAUAAAGUAGUUUUUGAUCCAGCAGAUUCUUUUUAACAUCUGUUUUAAGGUGGUGUUGGGAGCUACUCCGAGUAACUAAUCAUACUGGACAAGUAGAGAAAACUCUACUUGGCCCGGCUGGUAUUCGAACCCACGACCACUAGUCUGAUGCUCAACCUACUGAGCUACAGGGCAAGUUGAGAGUAGGUGGUUUGAAAGAUGUUUUAAUUUAUAGUUUAAUUAUUUCCUAUUUCAGGUUAUACACGCUAUCGUUUGAACUUGCGAUUGAAAGACGAAUACACCAAUGCGCUUAGCAAUAACGCCUCUCAAGAAUUCAAGGCAAUUGAGACCAGGAUAACAAACGCGGUUUGUGGAUUUAACAAAAAUUUUCAGCCCCGGACACUAUCUUUCGAUUAUUUGCUUUCUAUCCUGCAAUUUUGUAUCAUAUCAUUUAAUUGUUGAAAAACACUCGGUGCGCAACAGUCAAUACUGUUCUGAGCUCGAAUUAGGGCAGAGAAAUAGGUAGGCUAAGCGUACAUGUAUCUGCGCAUAGUUUUGACUGUAUACUAUUUAUAGUAGCCACUAUUAUUGUUAUUGGUAACAAUUGGUAAGUUAAUUAAGCAAAACAGUGGGUAUUAUAUGUGUUGUGUAGCCUAAACUUUCAAUUGACUGAUUCGAGAUGAGCAAUGAUAGAACGAUCACACUUUUGACUGCAUCUUGACCUGUGGGGCUGUAUGUUCUUUCUAUUGGGUGUACUCGCGAAUUUAAAAAUUUAAAAUUUAAAGGAAAUUGCAGUUUUGGAAAGUGGAAGUACUGCUUGCGAAAAAAAUGACGUCUGUUAUCAUAACGAAUUUCAUAAUUUUUUUGAAGAAUUUGUAGCCACAUUUCCCAUUUCACACAAUGGGAUCCUUUUACUACAAAAUAAUCAACAAAAUACUCCAUAUGUUACAUUAUAGCAAAAUACAUUUUAAGUGAUUGUGGAAAUUGACUUUUAAUUUAAACCUAAAUACGUUAUUUUCGCGAAACAUCUUUUACAAAAUAGAUGAUUUUGCGUUCGCGAAAAGCAAAUCUAUAUUCAUACAUUCGAACCCUGCUGUACUGAGCAUUUAGCUCGAGUUCUUGCAGCAUUUAGGUGUCAAAUUUGGCAGUAUUAAACCUUUUCUCCACCAAGCGAUUUUUUCCGCGAAUCAAAAAAGUUCAUAUAUAGAGACGAAAAACGACUGUUCGUCACAAAUUGGCUUAGUGGAAAACUUGCUUUAGUGCUAAGCAUGUUUACCCAGGCAACGCAAGUUGGACCUCUGUUGUGUAUAUGAGUCUAUGCACCCAUUGCCAACAAGUCAGCCCGACAAUUUGGUCAUAUGCAUGCGAAAACAAUCAAUUUCUAAGGAAAUGAAUAAUGAUAAUAAUUUAAAAUUUGUAUAGCAUGACUAAAAUAGUCACUGCAAAAUGGAACAUGUUAGACAGCUGUGGAUUAUCUAUGUUGUUCAACAGCAGAAAUGUUGACUUUGACUGUGUAUAAAAAUAAUAACGAACUGUCUGUGCCAGUGUAGGUAUAGUGGCAAUAAUAUAGCUUUCGUUGCUAGGGAUGCAACUACCUGAAAAAUAUAUGGAGAAUUUUCCCCGAGCUAACGGCGCGGAACGCUGUUCCGCGCGUUAGUCCAGGGCGAGGGUACUUUUUCCGCCCGGCUAUUUAAUUAAUUAAACCCAGGGAAAGGAACGCACUAGCGAAGUCUAAAGUUUAUCAAAUAUCGUGGACGCAUGGCUAUGAUCCAAGGGUGGACAUCCUCGCUGUUCUCAAAAAUAUGGCUGUUUUCCAGCAGCGGGAUAAGCACACUGAGGAUAUUAAAGAAGUAUUUCAAUUUUCUAAAGCACAUAUUUGGAAAAUCACGUUUCACACAAUGAGCUUUGAAGCAAUUUUUGUUUGAAAAAAAUGUGAAGAAUUGAUUUGCUAUGGAAAAUCGUAAAAUAUAGGGUAAGUUUGCUUUGAAUGUUUAAUGUUUAUGAAUUUUGUUGCUUUAAAUAAUUUAUUGUGUAAAACGUGCACUACUGUUUUCCUUUUCAAUGAAGCUGUAAGUUUUCUAAAUUACCCUGUUUAAUUUAAUUAAGAAAAAAGGCAAACGUAAAGGAGAGCAAAUUAAUUUGAAGACCUAACUGAAAUUACUCAACAAUUUAAUUGAAGUAAAAACAGCUUAUCGGCAAAAGCAGCUUAGUAAAUAAAAUGAACAUUUCAAAAGAUUUUACGAAGCGACUCAAGUUAAAUUUUACAUUAAAUCAAAGCUCACCAAAUCCAGAACGACUUACCUACGAGCACAGCACAUAUUUUGGAAUUUCAAUGCUAUAUUAUAUUUUCUGUGUUGGUGUUACGUUGUCAGGUGAAUCUGUUUGUGAUGUUACUCUGAGUGUAUAUCCACACCGGGCAAGCUUGGAAAAUAUGCCUGGCCAGGGUGGUUCGAUUCGGAAGGUUCGAUUCCAACCGUGGCCAGGCAUAUUUUUCAAGCUUGCCCAGUGUGGACAUACACUCAGAGUAACAUCACAAAAAUCAUCGUUAUAUAGUUAAAAAGCAAUAACCUUUCGACAAUUUUAGCAGUGUUGUACAAAAGUAUAAUAAAAAUUAAAAUUAUCGUGUUGCCAUUACAAAAUUGACGUAAACGCGAGCCUGCGUACAGUGUUAAUCAAUUACUAAUACUUCAUGUUAAAUCAAUGUACGGAAAAUAUGGGAUUUGGAAAUUACUGCAUUCAUGAAUUUCUAGUAGUAUAUAAAACAGGUAGUUGCAUCCCUAGCCAACGAAAGCUUGUUCAUGUAAAAACAAUAUUUUUUCAGAUGGCGAAAGUGUACGAAAAUAACGAUGCUUAUGAUGGGAUAGAAGUAAAAAAAAUGAAGUAAGUUUCUAUUUCGCGUUACACAAAUUUUAUUUUAAGAUAAAGUAUUUUCAUCUUUUAUAAAAUCAAGAGGCUUAAUUAAUGAUUGACUGGAUCAGUAGUUACGGAUUUUUCAUGCAUACAAUUUUUAACAUUUACAUGUAUCUCACAGUAGCCUGCCUUUUUCUAGUAUAGUUGUAAUUUUAAAGUUCAUAGCAGAGCUUUGCUGUCACCCAAAGAGUUGAUCGGUACGGUUCUUUUUUAGCACCGAAAGUUGGCAUCGAGCAUGCGCAGAAGUAAAGCUAAUUUCGGUUUCCUACGUGCUGUUGCUUCGGAAAAUAACAAAAUGUCUCCCGAAGAAAUAUAUCUUUAUUUUCGUGCUAAGCGCGAACAAAAGCACUUCGUUUUUUCCUAAUUUUAUUCCAGUUCCAUAAUCAAUCGAGAUGUUUUUGUGAUCUUGUUAUAAGUUUUUCGUGACGCCACCGAACCAAGGUUUAUGCACCUUCAAAAGACUGGGACCAAGAUGAAAAUUUCUGGAACCGCACAACUCUAGUUCAUAGAAGUUGAGCGACAUUUUUAUUUUAGGAAUGGAAGUGUUAUCGCAGAAAUUGAGUUGAUAUUCACUGACAAAAACACAAAAGGCAUUAGCGAGUUACUGGAAGCCGUAAGAAACAAUUCCUUUGGUGAUUUUGAUGUGGACCCAAAUGCUCUUACAGUUGUUAUCACAG